AUGUCGGACCUCAAGUCCCUUGUCUCGGAGCUUCAGAACGCUCUUGAGCGCAAACAGCUCGAUGCCGCCAACAACCUGCUCAGCAAAGCCAAGCGUGCUCUUCUCAUUCAGAACGCCCUGAUCCCAACCCCUUCCACACCGCCACAGCUCGUUGCCCUUGCCCGACAAGUCCUCGAACUCGGCGCCCUUGCCUCCAUUCGCCAAACCGACGCGCAGACCUUCACAAGAUACUAUCAGCAGCUCCAGCCAUUCUACGAUCUGGAGCGACACGCCGGUGUCCCCGGCCAGAGCUCAUCUGAGGUUGAUUUUAGCACUAGCCAGCGUAGCAAGAUCACAGGACUCUACCUGCUCCUUCUGCUAAGCAUGGGCGAUAGUGCAAACUUCCACACCGUGCUGGAGGGAUUGGUCGAGGAGGCUAGUUUGAAGGGCGGUCGUAUCGAGGACGAUGCUUAUAUCAAGUAUCCUGUUGAGCUGGAGCGGAAUCUGAUGGAAGGUAGCUACGAUAAGGUGUGGCGGGAAACGAAGUCGGAGCGUGUGCCUUCAGAGGACUUUGGAUUGUUCUCCAACGUGAUGAGAUCGCAGACUGCUCCGAGAAGGCUUAUCCCUCCUCUCCCUAUUUCCAACGCCAAGAACCUCCUCUUCCUGGAGUCUGAGGGCGCAGUUAUCGAGUUUGCUCAGCAGCGCGGCUGGAUUCUUCGAGAUGGACGGAUACACUUCCCUGUUGAGCCGGAGGCGGCCACAAGAUCGGAGAAGGAUAUCCUGGUGGCCAGCGGCACUGUGAUCGAGAACACACUAGGCUAUGCUCGGGAGCUGGAGACGAUUGUUUAA